AUGACAGAUGGGACACAGACGGCGGGCGUCUCCUUCGACAGCGACAAGGCCCAAUGGCCUAUGUCGUAUCGUCUGAGUCAACCGCAGCCAGAUACUCCCCCGCGGCGCUGGUGGAACCACUACUACUUCCGAGGCCCUCAGAACCAAAAUGUCCGAAUUCUUUACAGCAGUACCAAAACCCAGUCUGAGCUCAUCGCAAAGCAUUUUAUCAAUGAGCCCGUACUGGGUUUCGAUAUGGAAUGGCCCUGGGAUGCCGACAAGCGCACGCGAUUGCAGGAGAAAAUCGGCCUCAUACAGAUCGCCAGUGAAAGCAAGACCGCACUCUUCCACAUUGGCCUCCACGAGGGCCAGACAAGCGAUGAACUGAUUGCACCAUCUCUGCGGCUCAUUAUCGAGUCACCGAACAUCAUCAAAACGGGCGUCGCCAUUAUGAAUGCCGACUUCAAGCGUCUGAGGGAUCACUUUGGUCUGCAGCCAAAAGGCGCCUUCGAAUUGAGUCAUCUGCACCGCCUCAUCUCCCAUGGGCCCCAAAAUCCCGAGCUUGUCACCACAAAGCUGUGCGCGUUGUCGAAACAGGUAGAGACUCACCUGGGUCUCCCACUCUGGAAGGGAAAAGUCCGGACAAGUAACUGGAGCAUAGCGAUUGGCGAUAGUCAGAAAACAUAUGCGGCGAACGAUGCUUAUGCUGGCUUCAUGCUGUUCCACUGCAUGAACGGGAAGCGUUUAGCCAUGAACCCAGCGCCACCGCUACCCAUGUUGGCGGAAACGUAUCUUCCAUUUGCAAUGCCGAAAAUUAUCCCUCUUCGACUUCGGGCAACGACGGAAGGGACAGGCGCCAACUUCACCACUGCCGAGCAAUUCUACAAUUCUACAGCGAUGAAAGACCGACAUCUGGACGACCUGGUCCACAGCGGUAUGGCUACGGGAGAUGCAUCUCAGCUACCCAACGAGCAAGGCCCUCCAGAGGUUGACCCUGCGCCCCUUGAUGUAGGAAGCCAGAAAAGCGAUGCACCCUCGAGACCCAACCUGCCACUGCAGCUGUACGAGCAGCUCGUUCAGCAGCGCAAAAAGCUCAUCAUAGCCUCCAACAAGUCUUUGGAAGCCCUCUCUCGAACCUGCCCAACCAACAAAAGUCAGCUUUCACAAGUACAUGGAUUUGGCGAUCGAAAGGUCCAAGACUAUGGCGAGCAAUUGCUACAUACUGUUAGCUCAUUUGUUGCAGUACACGGACUCAGCGCCGACGAGGUGAAGCAACCGCUACAGCCUACGACCCCGAACAAAGUACCAAGCAGCCAAGGAAAGAAGGAAACUACACCACUCAGCAAAGGAUCAUCUGAUGCGCUUUACCAUCGGCUGGUCCAGCACCGCAAGGCCUGUGCUGAUGCCAAAAACGUACCUGCUUUCCACAUUGCCAGCAAUCGGUUACUAGAAGCUAUUGCCCAUGAUCAUCCAGCUAACCAACGUGAACUCCUACUUGUCAAGGGUGUUGGAAAGGCUAAAGCAGACGAAUACGGAACUGCCUGGCUGCGAAUUAUCGCCGAGUUUAAGGUCAAGCAGAGUCUCGCAACUGCACACCGGCCUGUCUCGGUAACAUCUAAGGACUUAAGUGCCGACGAGCGCCCUAACCUAUUGCAGCCGCGUAUAGAUGACCCGAGUGCGAAGAGGCGCAAUAUUGCCCGUGUAGGACGCUCAUUGGAGUUCAAAGGGCCCCUCCCCGCUAGCAUGAGUACUGGGCUAUCAUUCCAGUUUUCGGAGACGCAGCUGAAUGCUAGCGACCGCAAUGACGAAGGCCAUGACGAAGACGGAGCUGGAAACGAGUCCGCUGCUGCCGACGCCGACGACACCGACGACAACGCGGCGUUCGAAACCAUGCCGAUGCCAACAUCAUCCGAGCUGAAACGGAAGAGGUAUUCACCUUCACCGUCAGCUCCUGAGGAAGGAUAUUCUCAGACCCCUACGCCAGCAGCCGCGCCCGUGCCUGCACAACUGGUGCCGAGCCCUUCACCAUCGAAGCCAACGCGAGCGCCGUCGCAAGUACAGGCAAAAUCUCGUCCCGCGGACCUGGAGAGGCUGUUGCUGCGCAAGAAGCUCGAGGCUUAUGUCAAGAGUGUUGUCUUUGCGAUUAACCCAAAACCAACCCAGCCGAUCGUUACCGAAGACACGAUCCAGCGUCUCGUGACAACGCUGCCGCGGACACCCCAUGAGCUUCACAGAAUCCCUGGUAUCCAGGGACUCCUGCAAGCUUGUCACAUAGCACAGAAAGACCUAUGGCUGACAUUCUCCAAAUGGACGCAGGUACCGGGGCUUGCUCCAGCGAGUCAGGCGAGGUAA